AUGAUAUCUGAUACUCAUUACGCCGCAAAGACAAAGGAUCUCUUGGGCCUGGUCAACCAGUUGCACAGUUUAGGUGCUCAGCGAGAUCUUGAUCUUCCACGUAUCGCGGUAAUAGGAAAUCAAAGUGCAGGAAAAUCGAGUGUCGUAGAAGCUAUAUCAGGUAUCAAUGUUCCAAGAGACGUUGGAACGUGUACACGCUGCCCCAUGGAAUGUCGUCUAUCAUCUUCUUCCAAGCUGUGGCAAUGCAAGAUUUCCAUUAGACGGGAAUUUGACAAGAACGGGGAACGUAUGGAUGAUAUUUCAGAGACGCCUUUUGGUGGAGUUAUAACAGACAAGUCCGCUGUUGAAUCUAUUCUCAGACGGGCGCAACUAUCAGUUCUGAACCCUGCAAUCCCCAUCGAGAAAAUCCUAGUUUCGACGUUGGACGAGCUUACCAAGUGGUCUAAGGAAUCUCAGAGCAUGCAACCCUUUUCGCGCAAUGUCGUGUGUGUGGAUUUGAGCGGACCGGACCUAACAGAUCUUUCUUUCAUUGAUCUCCCUGGCUUAAUCCAGAAUGCUGAAAGCAACGUUGUAAGCCUUGUAGAAGACCUUGUAGUGUCGCACAUCAAGGGGAAUUGUCUGAUAUUGGUUGCUCUUCCAAUGACAGAUGACAUUGAGAACCAGAAAGCCGUGCAAUUGGCGCGAAGAGAAGACCCCAGAGGUCGACGUACCAUUGGUGUCUUGACAAAACCCGACAUGCUUACUGCUGGUUCUACCAAAGCCUUGGACUUGUGGCUAGAUGUGAUCGAAGGCCGUCGUCAUCCUCUCACACAUGGCUACUAUUGCACAAGACAACCUGACGACAGGGACAGACAAGAGUCUAUCACGCCUGAGCAGGCUCGAGCCAAAGAAAAGCUAUUUUUCGAAACUUCUCUUCCCUGGUCAAAAAGUACUCAAACAAAACGAUUUGGUACUAACAACUUGAUUGAUAUUCUCAGUCGUCUCCUCAUCCAAGUCAUUAACGAAACCCUCCCUCUUAUCCGAUCAGAGACAAUGGAAGCGUUAGAGACAUGCCGUACGGAGCUCACCACAAUCCCUACAGCAAUUAAUGAAGAACCCGCGACAUACAUGCUAAAACUUGUCACCUCGUUCUCCACUGAGGUGCAAAGCCUUGUUCGUGGUCGAUCAAAUGCAACUCAUCUGAUCCAUGAGAACCGGCAGGCAUUCAAAGAUCUGAAAAUUGCAAUCCGGCGUACUGCGCCGAACUUUGUCCCUAUGGAGGAUGGGCAACCUCAGCCAGCCAUGGUUAACUCACUAGAAGAUGGGGAAGAAGAAGUUCUGGCCCCGGAACUUAGCACGGACGAGCCCUUUACCCUGACUGACAUGAAGCGUCAUAUUCAAUCGUCCCUGACGCGCGAGCUUCCUAAUAAUGUCCCUUUCGAGGCCAAGGUCGAGCUAAUUAAUGCUUUCCAAGCUACGUGGCACGUCUCUGUCAUGAACUGCUUCAAUCGCGUGCAAGGGUGCACAUACGAAGUCUUGAUAAAAUGUAUCGAAAAGGACUUUUCUCGAUAUGUAAUCCUACAAGGACACCUGAAGACGUUCAUCGUGGAAUUGAUAAAUGACUGCCGCGCAACUUGUUCAGCUGUCUUGGAUGCCACGCUAGAGGUUGAGAAGAGCCCAUUCACGCAAAACACGCACUAUCUAGAAGAUACAACCGAUAAAUGGCUGGCGAAAUACAAAAACAUUCGAGCGGGGAAGACCCAUGCCCAUGGCUCAGUGGAUCAUCCAGCGAAGAGACAGAAGACUGAAGAGUCUGCAAGCCCGUCGCCACCCGGGGGCAUUAGUGCCAUGCCAGGACCAGCUGAGAUAACUAAUUCAUCACAGCAGGUUAAUGACACUACAUCGCCGCGAAUCAAGGGUGCCGAAAAAGCGUCCGAUUCGGCGGUGCCGCCCCAAGAGGCGUCUAGAGCAUCCGUAGCGGCUACUCAACCUGCACAAGCUCCGUUGAUCUCCGAAGCUGACAUUGCUGCAAAAGCCGACAAAGUUCAGGAGGCUUUGGCUGCGUUGAUCGCUCUUGGCUAUAAAGGCUUGAAGCCAGAAGAUUUGGGGAAAUUGAAUCCUACGGACAUAUUCGAGACGGAGCUCAAAGUAAUGGCAGAGGUGCGAGGGUACUUCCAGGUGGCAUACAAGCGUGUCAUCGACAACAUACCGUCCUUCAUAGACCUAUUGUUUGUCAGAAAAUUGGCGAAGGAGUUGCAGCCCUUCUUAAUCUCCAAAUUCGGCUUGGGAACCGCUGCCGCGAAUGAGAGAUGCGGCAGGUAUCUGGCGGAGGAUCCGGCGCUGGUUGCUCGACGGGAGGAACUGACUAGUCGGGAGAAACGUUUGAUGAGCGUACAGAAGGAACUCAUCAGCUUCGGGAUAUCGACGCAGGCAUAA